AUGGCAAACUCUCAAGUUCAGAAGGUGGAAACUAAAGUGCAUAUCAAGGCUUCUGCUGAGAAGUUCUAUGAUGUUAUGUGCAACAGAACACACCACAUUGCCAAAAUUUGUCCUGAAAAAGUACAGGCUGUUAAAAUCCAUAAAGGUGAAUGGGGUGACGAAGGAUCUAUCGUCUCCUGGAAUUAUUUACUUGAUGGGAAAGCAUGGGUUGCUAAGGAGGUGGUUGAAGGCAUAGACAGAGAGAAUAAUAAAAUGACCUUCAAGGUUAUAGAGGGAGACAUAUUUGGAUACUACAAGAGCUUCAAGUUUAUAAAUCAAGCUACUCCAAAGAUAAAAGGCAGUGAAGUGCAUUGGGUUAUGGAAUAUGAGAAACAAAAUCACGACAUUCCCGAUCCUCACACCUUGUUACAAUUUGCAGUUGAGGUGAGCAAAGACAUUGAUGCUUACCUUACCCAAGACCAAAAAUAAAUCAACAUCAAUA